AUGGGCUUCGGUCGGGAUCUGAGGAAUUCCCACGAGGGAUUACUCAAAUUGCAGGAUUGGGAAUUAAAGCUUCUGGAGACUGUGAAGCGUUUCAUGACGCUGAGGGUGAAGAGCGACAAGGAGUACGCCGCCCUGCUGCUCAGCAUGACCCAGCAGAUGGAGAAGCAGGAAGCGGCCGACUACGUCAGCACUGUCAGCAAGUCGUGGUCGCAGGUGGUGCGUCAGACGGAGGCGCUGGGCCGCGUGAUGAGGGGUCACGCCGACGACCUCAACUCGGGGCCGCUACACCGCUUAGCCACGCUCAUCAGAGACAAGCAGCAGGUCAAGAAGAGCUACCAGAGUUUACACCAGCAGCUGGAGAGUCACAAGCACAAGGUGACCCGUAGCGACCUGGACAAGCUGAAGUCCACCUACCGGCAGCUCAGCCGAGACGCCAACAACGCCAAAGACAAAUACCGAGACGCCCUCAGUAAAGGUCGCGAGGCCGAACGCGCUCACGAGCGCUACGACAAAGCCACGGCCAAGCUGCACAACCUGCACAACCAGUACGUGCUGGCCGUGUGCGGAGCGCAGACGCAACAAGAAGAGCAUCGGCGUCGCGCCGCCCCUGCGCUCCUCGACGCCCUCCAGAGAAUGCAGGAGGACAUGACGCUCGCUCUGAAAAACAUUUUGGAAGAGUACUGCGAGAUCAGCAGUCUAUUGAGUGAGGAGGUGGUCAAAGUCCAUCGAGAGAUUUCGGCGGCGGUUCAGCAAAUCGACCCGCUGGUGGAGUACCAGCAUUUCAUCGACGCCUACAGGUCUCCGGAGACGCCCGAAGCCAGCGUGGAGUUCGACACGUCCUUGCUAGACGAGACGGACAACGUGUCGGCCAACGAGAUCCUCUGGAACACGCUGACGGCUGAUAGUCUUCAGGCCACGUUGUCGUCGGCCACGGAGGAGUUGGCGCUGACUCAGCAGAACCUGAGGACCAAAGAGGCCCUAGUGGACGACCUAGACGCCAAGAUCAAUAGCAGUCAGCAGAACGCCGACCGGAAGUCCGACUGCGUGCUGCUGCUGAGUCAGAAACUAUCGUUGCUGGAGCUGCGUCAAAACGUCCAAACCUUGCGCAGUGCCGAAGCCCGCCUCUCUUCCCAGAAGGCCUUGCUGGACGCCAAGAUGGCGGCCGCCGCCUCCCCGCCACCACCGCCGCCUUCGCUUGUUCUGCCCUACGAAGAUGACACCCGCUCCGUCAGCUCUGCUGAUAAAGGCAAGGAGAAGAGCUCGCGCUUGGAGACCCUGCGACACUCGCUGGCCGGAAUGAUCCGUUCGCCCAAAGCCAUGUUGGGCUCAUCGUCCUCGGUGAGCAUUGCAUUAACUCACUUCUUUGACACCAUCCCUUCGUGCGAGCGCCCCCUGGCAGAUCAGGAGUGGUACCACGGCGCCAUCCCUCGCACGGAAGCCCAAGAGCUGCUCCGGCAGCAGGGCGACUUCCUGGUGAGGGAGAGCCACGGCAAACCGGGCGAGUACGUCUUGUCCGUCUUCUCGGACGAGCAGAGGCGACACUUCAUCAUUCAGUUUGCCGACAGUCAGUACCGCUUUGAGGGGACAGGUUUCGCCACCAUCCCUCAGCUCAUCGAGCACCACUUCUCCACUAAGCAGUUAAUCACUAAAAAGUCCGGCGUGGUGCUCCUCAACCCUGUGGUCAAGGACAAAAAGUGGAUCCUCAACCACGAAGACGUAGCGUUGGGCGAGCUGCUGGGCAAGGGGAACUUUGGCGAGGUGUUCAAGGGGACCUUGCUGCGGGACAAAACGGCGGUAGCCGUCAAAACCUGCAAAGAAGAUUUGCCCCCGGAGCUGAAGAUCCGCUUCCUGUCCGAGGCCAGGAUCCUCAAACAAUACGACCAUCCCAACAUCGUCAAGCUGAUUGGCGUGUGCACUCAGAGGCAGCCUAUCUACAUCGUCAUGGAGCUGGUUCCCGGCGGCGACUUCCUGUCCUACCUGAGGAAGAAAAAGGACGAGUUGAAGACCAAACAGCUACUACGUUUGGCGGGGGAUGCGGCGGCGGGCAUGGCGUACUUGGAGAGCAAGAACUGCAUCCAUAGGGACCUGGCGGCCAGGAACUGUCUGGUGGGUGAAGGCAGCCUCUUGAAGAUUAGCGAUUUCGGAAUGAGCCGGCAGGAAGACGAUGGCGUUUAUUCCUCCUCCGGACUCAAGCAGAUUCCCAUUAAGUGGACUGCGCCCGAAGCGCUCAACUACGGUCGUUACACUUCCGAGAGCGACGUGUGGAGUUACGGCAUCCUCUUGUGGGAAACCUUCAGUCUGGGAGUGUGUCCUUACCCGGGCAUGACCAACCAGCAGGCUCGGGAGCAGGUGGAGAAAGGUUACCGGAUGGCGUGCCCUCAGCGUUGCCCGGACGACGUGUACAAGGUGAUGCAGCGCUGUUGGCUCUACAGCCCGGAAGAGCGACCGAAGUUCUCAGAACUGCAGCGAGAUCUCGCCGCGAUCAAAAAGAAGUGA